AUGAUAAGAAAAUGGGAGAGGACAAAAAAUAAAAGAAUACGUAAAAGAAUCACAAAUUUGAAACCCACUCCCCUUAAUAAGGUCCAUCUUAACCCGACUUAUAUACACAACUUACUAACUCCGCCACCACCUCCAAAUGUCUCUUACAGUCUAAUUAACCGAGCCCCAUCAAUGCAAUCAUUAUGUAGCAAUUCUAUUGUUUCUGCAGCUGUUCCUACCUAUAUUCCCAAUCCCCAAAUUUUGUUUGUUGUACCAAUCUUAACCCCCGCAACUCCACUCUUGCCAUCCCAAUUUUUUAAUGUCCAACCAUUUGUUGGCCCGGGAGUGUCGCGUCUCAACGCGAAUUAUAAAUUUAAUUAA